AUGAAAGAGAGUAAAAAUAAAAAGGAAAAUGGCGAGAACCAAGCUUCGAAUAAAAAUAACUAUAAAAAAAAAGAUAUAAAAAAUAUGAUAAUAAGAAAGCUUAAAAGAAGACUGAAAGAAGGAUUAAAUAAGUUAGAUGAACAGUACAAUCAAUUAGUCAACAUUUUCAGCUAUUUAAAUAAUAUAAAUAUUGAAAAUAAUAUAGAAGUAUUUCAAAAAAUUUCGAAUGAGCUUUCAAAAGAAAUAAAACAUGCUAACGAGGAAAAUAAUGAUGAUAUAGCAAUAUUAAAAAUGGAAAAGGAUUUAAUAAAAGCUGAUUUUAGAAAAAAUAAGAAAAUUUUAAAAAAUUAUAAUCAAGUUGAACAACAACAAGAAGAUGAAGAAUAUUUAGAUCAUGAAGAGAUAGGAAAAACUGUAAAACCAGAAAAAAGAAAAAAAAAGAAAAGAAAAGCAAACAAUGCAAACGCAUCACAUCAUUUUACUAAUUCAUUUACACCUUCCCAAAUUUUCCAUUAUAACUAUUUAUGUAUGGACAGCAAAUGUACCCAUAACGAUUUUACAAGUGACAACUUAAAAGUAAAAAAUUCUGUUGUCCUUAAUUUAUUUAAUGCGUUGUCGAAAAACAAAUAUUAUAAAGAAACGAAUCUAUGUGAUCAAGUAUUUGACUACCAAGACAGUAAUAGAAUAUAUAAGGAGGAGAAGAAAAAACUACGAAAGAGGAAGUUACUGACAAAUUUUUUUAUUCGGAAAAAAAAGAGGCAGAAACAGGGAGAGUCAGAGAGAGCAGCACUGGAAAGGGAAUCAGCGGAAAGGGGAGUAAUAGAAGGGGAAGAGGAGGAGGAGGAGAAGAAGAAGGAAGUAGAAAGAAAUAUUAACAAUACGUAUUAUUUUUCAUUAAAAAGAAAAUAUUCAUGUAGGGAGAAAGAGUAUCACUCCUCGUCUAACCCCUAUGAUGAAGAAAAAGAAGUAUCGAAAAAUGUUUCCAUAAGUUAUGAUAACAUUAAUAAUAAUAGUAAUAACAACAGUAAUAUCAAUGUUAAUAUGCAUAACAGUAGUAUCAAUGGUAAUAAUAAUAGUUAUAAUAGUAAGCAUGGUAAAAUAAUGAAUGAUAGUAAUUUUUAUAAUUCCUCUAACAAUGCUAUAAAUGAUAACAAAAAUAAGGUGUACUGGAUUUAUAUGAAGAAGGAAAUAAAUAAAAACGUAACCAGAAAUAAUACAAGAAUUAUGACAUCAAAUAUAUUAACAUUUUUCACAAGUAUAAGUAAAGUUUUUCCAUGUGAAAUAAUUGACAGAAAAAGAGAAAAAUUGAUAAGUUAUGAUGAUUAUAAGAAUGAAAAAAUGAACAAGUUUUAUGAUUAUGUAUUAACAGAUGAAUGCGAUAAUAUAGGGGGUAACCAAAUUAUGGAUACGAAAAAUGUUGAGUGUAAUACGGAUGAUUAUACUAAUAUAAAUUAUAAUCAAGUUACAACAAGAAAUAAUUAUAUUUACAUUUAUAUUAAAAGGAAGUUUAUUCCUGAAUAUUUAUUACGUAUAAAAAAGAAAAUUAAAUUAGUUUUAAUCUUUCCAUCCAACCAUAAUAUGAGUAAUUUUUACAGUAAUGACAAUGUUGAAGAUUAUAAUGAUAACGACCCGUAUAAGUUCAGUGCUCACAAGGUAACAAACAGAGUUGCAAACAGUGUAGUGAACCAUGUAGCAAACAAUGAGAUGGAUGAAAAAAGUGCAACAGAUAUAAGAGAAGGUAUUAUAAAAGAAGAGGAUGAUAUAGAAAAAAAGAAAAAAGUGUACAAACAGGAGAAUUAUAUUUCUGUGGGUGAGUGUAAUUCUCUAAGUUUGAGGAAAAGAAGAAAGAUAUGCUCUAGUAAGAAUGACAUUAACGUAGGGUCGAUAUACAAAUAUAAGAACAUUUUUAAUAAAAAGAAAAAACCCAAAAAAAAAAAAAAAAUGGACUAUGCUACUAGUGCGCUUAAAGCAGUAGAUGAUAGUUUCUAUUUUAAUAGUGUGUAUUUGAAUUAUUUAAACAGAAUAGAAAUUAAGGAUAAAAAAAAGUAUCAUUAUUUUUAUGUAGAUAAUGUAAAUUAUGAUCCUGAAAAUUAUGAUAUAGAGGAUAUAAUUAUUCAUUUAGAAAAAAUAAUAAAUAUUAAAAAAAAAAAUAGCACUUCCUCUUCUCCAUUCACACCUUCAUUAUUGUUAAAUUAUAUAAAUAAAAAAUACGCUAUAUAUUCUAAUAAGAGCAAAAAAAAAAAAAAAAGAAGCUACAAUAAAAAAGGAAAAAAUAGUAAACAGGAAAAUGUCAAAGGGAAAUGUGGAACUGGAGGGGAAAAGUGGGGUAAUGUAAGCAAUCACAAGGGAAACCAUAAUGAUAGUAACCGUGUUGGUAUUAAUCAUGUGUACAAUAACAAUGCUUACAAUAACAAUGCUUACAAUAACAAUGCUUACAAUAACAAUGCUUACAAUAGCAAUGCUUACAAUAGCAAUGCUUACAAUAACAACACUUAUAAUAAUAACGUUUACAGUAACAAUAUCGAUAGAAACAAUAAUGAUGACAAUGUUAGUGAUAAGAAGAUUAGUGACAGUAAUAUUAUUAUUAAUGAUAAACGGAAUGUGGUGAAUGUGGCAAGUGAUCGGGUUACUAGUAAUGUCGAUGAAAAGAUUAAGCGUAAAAAUAAUAGUAAGAAAAAAAAAAGUAUGGAUGAAAGAAAAAAACAUGUGAUGUACAAUAAUAAGAAGAGAAAUAAUAACACCAAACGAAUAUAUCGUAUAAAUAAAAAAAGGAGUUAUUCUAUUUUUGAUGAUUUUUUUUAUCAUAAUGAAUUUGAAGAUAAGAAGAGGAACGAAGAGGAAGAAGUGAAAAUAUAUUAUUUAAGAAUUCAUAUUAAUAUGUUAAGUUUUAAUGAUAACAAUGAUGAAGUAAUAUUAAAAUAUUACAUGCCCCCUAUGCAAAAUAGAGAGUUUAACAUAGAGGUUAAAAAUAAAUACAUUCCUUUCGAGGUUAAUCAUUUUUAUGAUUAUUAUUUAGAUAGAAAAAAUCAGCUAGAGAAAACUAUUAAAGAACACUCAGUUAUAUAUAAACAAAUAUAUAAGUUAUGGAAAGAAGAUAUUGAUAUAUAUGAAAAAGAAAAAGAAAAGAAAAAUAUAUUUGCAUGGGGAAUAUUACCUGUUCGAGCAUAUGAUCAUCCAAACAUUUUCGUUCCAUUACCUUGCGGAUUUAAACAUAAUAAUAAAAACUUAGCCUAUAACAUAACUAACGAUAAGAAAAUAUGUGAUGAUAAUUUAUUAGAAAAAAAAGAAAGGAAAAAAGAAUAUAUGAAUAUUAAAUAUGCUAAUUUAACAGGUCCAUGUGUAAAUUGGCGCAAAAACUGUAUAUUCUGUAGUGAUAUAAGAAAAAAAAAGUUUUUACAUUUAUCAGAUAUGUACCCAUAUUUUUAUUGUAUGCAAAAUAUUAAGUUGUCCUUAUUUUCUUUAGAAAGAAAUGUUAUGUACAGCAAUUCAAAUAACAUGCUGGAAAGUAUACAGCAUGGUUGCCUCGGUAAUGAAUUUGAAUGUACAGAGUCGUCUCUUUUUACAGCGAAUAAAAAAAAUGUAGCAACUAAGAAUGCUAGUUUAAAUGGUAGCAGUAGCACAAACGACGAAAGGGAUGGUGUCUAUCGCUUGGAUAGUAACGCUGAUUUGGUUGUGCGCAGAAGCGGCUUAGGGAGUUGUAGAACCCCCCAUGUUAGCGGUAAUAAUAUUAGUGAAAAUGAUAUGAGUGGUCAUAUUUGCGAAAACGAUAUCAACGGUAGUACUUACGGAAACGAUAUCAACGGUAGUACUUGCGGAAGCGAUAUCAGCGGUAACAGUACCAGCGGUAAAAAUGCUGACGGAAAUAGUGGUAGCCAAAAUGAAGAACAGAAUGAGUUGUACAAAUUUUUUAGCAACGAAGACCUACUGAAUGAAAAAAAUUAUAUAUGGAAUAAGCAAGAAAUUCGAAUGUUUUUAGAGAAGUAUAUAUUAUACCCAAAAAAAUUUGACAGAAUAAGUCAAUUCUUAGAAUUUAAAAAUACAAAGCAGUGUGUUGACUUUUAUUAUUUAACAAAAAAUUUUUUUAACUUAAAGAAAUUAUUAUUAACCUUAUCAGAAAACAAAAUAAAAAGAAAUAAAAAGCAACUACUGUCGCAUGUGAAUAAUUUUGAUAUUAGUAAAAAAAAUUCAAAAGAAGAAAUUGUUAAUAAACUAAUAAAAAAAUUAGAAAAUAAUUAUGUGAAAAGUGAAUUUGAAGAAACGAAUUGUGUAAAUUAUAGUUACAUAAAUGUGAGGAAAUUUUUUAAAAGUUAUUUUGUUAAAACAUAUAAAAAAACAUGUAAUAAAAAUAGUUCAAAUAAAACUACGAAUAAUAAUAAAAAUUGCACUUGGAAUACUAAUAAUAUGAAUAAAGGUAUACUUUUAGAAAAUAUGUCAGACGGAUAUGUAAUACCAAAAAAUUAUAAUUUUAUACUAAGUUCUAAUAGAAAGUUGUGCUUCCUAAUUAAGAAUGAUGAAAACUUUAUUUACAAUGGAAUUAACUCUGAUAUAAUUGAAAUCAAAUAUAGUGAGAAUAUAGAAAAUGACAAAAAAAAAGAAGACAGAAGGAGGAAAAACAGUGGUACUGGUAUUUCACCCAUUGCAGGUUCUACAGGUAUAAUAGAACCUUCUCAUUCUCACAAAGUAGAGGACAAUCCAUUUGUUAGUAUAAUUUCAAACGUUCAUAAUAAACCCCAUGUUAACGAAUUAGAAGAACAGGACAUAAACAGGAAUAAUACCAUAUAUCAUUAUGUCUCUCCCCCUCCUUUAAUGAACCCAGAGCAAAAAUACCAAUGUACGGAGGUACAUAAUCUAAUGAUUGAUUUUAAUAAGGAAAAACAUAGUUUGGUAAGAAACCUAAAUAAUAUUAAUGAUAAUAAAUGUGAUCCGGAUGAAGACAAAUGUCAUACAGAUUUGAAAUUAAAUUAUAACACAAUAGAAGAAAAAAAGAGUAGUAAUAAUUUUAUUUAUAACUACACGUGGAAUUCGAACAAUAUUGACAAUAUCGCUAGUAAUAAUGAACAAAAAGAUAAUUAUGACAGGAAAAAUGUAAAUAGUAACAUUGAUUUAAUACCCACAACAUACGAAUUAAAUAAAUGUAAAUACCCCCAUAUGUGUAAUAUUGAUGUGAAUAUUAACUCAAUCGAAUGUACUAAUAACCAGGUGCUUAAAAAUGGUGAACAGUGUGAACACAUGUCUAAAUUAAAAAUGAACAACUCAUUUGAAAAUAAUAUAGAACUUGAGUCAUGUGAAGAAAGCUUAUAUAAAUGUUAUGAAUUUUUAAAAAACAUGAAUCAAAGGAAUAACGAGAAUGUCAGUAAAAACCCCAUGCCUCAUAAAAAAGCGACAUCCUUUGCUUUUGAUUAUAAAUUAAAAAAGGGAAUAAAAAAGAAUAUUUUUCAAAAGAAAAAUUUCUUAUUACAAAGAGAAAAAAAUGUAAAAAAAAAUACUGCCUUCUCAAAAAUAAAAAAUGGAAACAUUCUGACAAAGGAAAGGGGUGAUAAAAGUAGUAAAAGAAACAAAAAAAUAUUCGAACAGCAAUUGGUAGUACAGCAUAAUUUUUCAAAAAAAAAAAUUGGACAUCAAGUUAACAGUAGUAGCAGUGGUAGUAACAAAGGAAAAGGCAUGGUGUUGAAAAAAGGGUUCUUUAAUGUUAAUUUAAAAAAUGAAAUAUACUAUAAUAAAAAAAAAAUAAAUGACAAGCAAGAGGAAGAAGAAAACAUGUUGGAAGUGGAAAACAGUAAACGCGAAAUGUAUGGAAAAAGUGAACAUUUUUCAUUAACAGUACAAACAGUUAAUGACUGGGAAAGGGGGGAAAUAGAAAUAGAAGAAGGAGAAGGAGAAGGAGAAAGAGAAAGAGAAAGAGAAAUAGAAGUAAAAGGUAGUGAAACUGAAAUGCAGUUACUUGGUGAAGAGGAAGAAGAAAAAGAAGAAUACGUACCACUAGACGAAACUUCCGGAAAUUUUGUUGUAAUAGAGCGUAACCGAAACUUCGUUGAAGGAGAAAAUGCAAUAAAUAAUGAUAAUAAAAGAAGAAAAUUUAACAAUAUAAAGAACCUUCAAACAGGUACACAUAUUUGUGAUUUUAAAGGAAGUAAACUAAUUUUUUUCACAAAUGAAAACUCUAAAGAUUUAAACUUUAAUGACUGUACAAGCAAUAUUCACGUUGAAGAACGCGUAAGUCGAGAGGAAAAAAACAUGAUGAGUAUCAAAGAUGGUAUUUUAAAUAACGAAGAAGAAGGUAUGUGGAACAUUGACGACACUGAUUAUGGUAAUGGUAAUCGCACUGGAAGUAGCAAUGGAAAUGGUUUUCAUGUUGAUGCUUAUGCUACAAGUGAACAAAAUGAAAAGCACUCAGUUACAGGCAACAACAAAAUUACCGCAGCAUUUAAUAAAAUAAAUGAAACGGACAGUAUGCAUUUGGAAAGUAAAAGGAAUUUGUUAGUUGAAAGUAAAUCAACCCAUAUAUAUUCUUUUGAUUCAGUAAAACAAGUUGAAAAUUACGAGGGAGAAAUUUUUGACCAAUCCAAGCAGCACUUACGAAAAACGGCUACAUGUUGGACCGAUAAAGAAAAAGAAAUUUAUUUUGAAAUAUUUUCGAAAGAUGGAAAAAAUUGGGAUUCCUUAUGUUUAGCAUUAAAACCAUAUGGAAAAACAAAAGAACAGAUAAAAAACUUUUAUCAAAAUACAAUUGCAAAAAAAAGGAAAAAUCAAGUUCCAUAA